AUGGACUCGAUCCGAGUGAUCUACAUGACGGUCCACGUGAUCGUCGCCUUGUUCGGCUGCUGUAUCAACGCCUCGUUGAUCUACCUGGCCAGGUUCCACUCACCUGGCAAGAUCAAGACCUACGCGACUCUCAUCAUGAACUUUGCCUUCACGGACUUUCUUUCCUGUGUCGCCGACAUCUUUACUCUACAGCGGUUUUGGAAAUAUUCUAUUUGUUGGAAGAAUAUAACAAAUUCAGAGCGAUUCCGAUAGACCGUACAGCCGUUAUUUUUCUUUCAAGCGGUCCUUGUCAGUUCAUCUCAAGAACCGCUUGUUUCAUAGCGUAAGGAAAGCUUUGAAAUUACCUUAAUCUUUCAAGUUUUCAGGUACAACUUCAUGCUCCACCUUCUAAUCCACUCCCUUUUAUCGUUACUGUUAUCCUUCUCCUAUCGGUACUAUGUCCUGUUCAAACCGUCGCCAAAUAGACGAACUAUUCUGUUCGUACUGUUUUUAAUGUAUCUUCCCUCGUUGACUCAUUUGGUAAGUAUGAAAGUUUCUCACGUAAUCAUUUUCUUUUCAUUAGAUUUCCUUUUGUUGUGGUUAUUUUUGAGCUAGGGGAAAAUUCAAAAAAGUUUGUUUUGGUUGGUUCUGAGAUCAAAGGGCUCAAGAAAGAGAAAAAAACAGAAACCAAGUUGAAUUAACAGUGUUAGAAAAAGGGCGUGGCUAGUCACUGAAAAGUAAAAUUCACUAGAACUCUUUUGUAGAAGUUUAUAAGCAGUUUGUGAAUGAUUCAAAGGAAAAUUAUUCUUAAAAACGGCGUAUUCUUCAUUCGCCGUGACCUGACAGUUUUCGAGUGUCUGCGUCUCUCUGUUCCCUCACCCGCGAGGUCAGAGAAAGAUAAAAAUAGCGCGUCAAUUUGAGAGGGUCGCCGAGAGACGAGGAUGGCGCAGAGAAAAAGUAACAGUUUCAUUGCGAAAAAAAUGGACUGUAUUAGAAACUUUUUUUGUUUAGAAAAAGCCUCAAAAGCCUGAAGCAUGAGUGCAUAAAAUCACUAGAAUGCCUCUUGACUCGAUUCUUUCCUGGCCUUUUUUGUCCCAACUUUUCUCCCAGAAGCUUUCGUUCAUACCUUUUUUUUCAGAUUAUAUCCUCUACAACUCAAGGCGGAGUCGAAGAAAUACAGGCCAUACUUUCCAGUCGUUUCCCCGAUUUCGAUUAUAAAUAUGUGAUGGUCAGUGGAGUGGCGGAUAUGGACAGUUUUGCCUCGAAAAUCCACGUCGCGGGCGUUUCUCUGCCAAUCGUCCCUAUCUACAUUGCGAUUCUCAUUAUUCGACACAAGAUCAUCAAAAGUCUGAGUUUUUUUCGAUGGAAGCAUGAGCAGCGACACGAAAAGCAUGCACAAACAGCUGUUGAAGGUGAACUUUUGCGAAGUUUUGAUCAUAAGGAGUCGAAAAAUGGCUAGGAACUUCUGUCAGAAAGUUUAAAAAAAAAUGUGAAAAAUGGGAAACCUUACAGUUUUCUUCCAUACAUAACAAUUUCUAAUACUGGGAAAAUUUUUAGUGGCCACUACCAAGGACGACUUGGAGAGGACACUAAAGUGGCCACUAAACCCACCUCUAUAUAUACACCCAAUAGGGGCCACUAUUUUCCGUUUUAGUGGUCUAGUAGUAUUACUUAGACCUCUAUAGUGGCCACUAUUUUUUUCCCCUCAAGUGGCCACUAAAACGUCAAAACCUCAUAAGAAACUUUCCAGGCCCUCACCUACCAAGCCUGCAUCCCGAUCUUCUUUCUAAUCGGAGUUAUUUCCUUCACUUUGGAGCAGUUCAAUAUUAUCAGCCAUCCCGACCUACAGUAUGCUACUGUAACUGCCCUCAUGUUGAUCUCCAUUCUAACGCCGAUGGCGUCUCUGGUUUUUGUCCGACCUUAUCGAGAAAAAAUGAAGCAACUCGUCGGAAUGAGCUUCGACCCCACCUUGGAACGUACUUCUGUUGUUUUUUCUACUAGAAGUGUUUAG